CCCCUUGGUUUUGGAUGCCGGUUUGUUUUGGUCGGUUUCGCGUUUCGUCGGUUCCCGGUUUUGGAUUGCGUGGAAGUCGUUUUGUAUUGAAAAUCUCAAAUAUUUUAAUUCAAUUAUGUCCGCCGCGGCUCGUUUGGUGCAAUAUGUCGUUGUGAAUGGUGAAAUUGCCAAAACUUGGCCCAAGGGAGCGCUAGUGGCACAGUGCUGUCAUGCGGUGGCGGCCGUCUCGCACCUGUACGCUCAGGAUCCGGAAACGGUCGAGUACUUCCAAGAUCUCGAUAAUAUGCACAAGGUGGUUCUUGAGGCACCGGACACGGCCAAAUUGCUUGCACUCGGCGAAGUGUUGCAGCAGAACGACAUCAAGCACAAGGUGUGGAUCGAACAGCCGGAAAACCUCGCCACGUGCAUCGCCUUCAAACCGUACCGGAAAGAGGACGUUCAAAAGUACGUUAAGAAAUUUAAACUGCUUAGCUGAAUUUUUAGUUCAAAUGUUUUAGGCUUAAUCAAUCAUUAAAAAUAACACUCAGCAACCGAUUUGGUUUCUCGAAACUGGAAACGGUAUUUAUAAGACUAUUUCGAGUUGUUUAAAUUAUCUGGAAAGAAACCUGUAGGCGGGCGAAUAAAUAAUAACGCGUUUGCUAAAUUUUCCCACCCAGCAAGCAGCAUUUAACGACUGACCGAAUUCUCCAAUUGGUACCACGGCAAAGAGAUUGAUUUCUUUUCUCGGUCCGUGGAAAACUGUGUGCAAUAAUCCGCACCGGGUGAGUUUUGUGAACUUACGUAAGGUUCUGUUCUGUGCUGUUUAUUACAAACACACGGUGUCGGCAGAUUGGUGGGUUUUUCAUUUUUUCGAAACGCGAGCGAGCGAACGGGAAAAAUUUAUUUUUACUCCGGUUGAAAUGUAAACCAAACGCCACACGGAAUAUUUGCGAUCGGUUUAUAGAGUGUAUUUUUUGAAAAAUUUCACACUUGUUGCUCGUUUUCGGUUGUGUGGGUGUUUUGGGAA